GAGAAACACGGUGAACUUGAACAUCAAAAACAACUCAAUGAACUGGAAUUACAGAAGGCCAAGGAAUUAGCGGAGAUUGAGGUUUGAAGCAUUCUGCUUAGUGUAGUGUAGAGAAUUUAUUGCCUCUUCUAACAUGAAACAUGAAGUGUCUAACCACUGUGAACAGAGUUUUUAAGAAAUCGAGAUGGAUUGUUCCAUGGUACCCGGCCUGAAAAUGCUUUCAGGAAAGCUCAGGGACCUUGAAUUCACGAUCAUGACUUCUUUAGUUACUCAGUACAUGAUACCUUUGAAUGCAAAGACCCACCUCCCUUUAAGACUGUUGAAAAUGUACCCAUGCCCGUCCGUGUCUUCUAUUGUGUGAUUUUUGUAUUUAUUUAUUUUUCUGGUUAAUUAAGGUAUUCUUAUAUCUUGUUACUCUAUUAUUCAUAUACUUGGCCCUGCUGUAACAAACUGGCUGCUCAGUUGUUUCAGUUUCCUUAUUACUCUAGUUACGUCUUUUGUCUACUUGUUUUGUUCUCUUCUGGCCCAGCUAAUAAAUAAAAUAAAAUAAACUGAAAAGCUCAACUGAGGUAGCCUGUUUCAGACUUUCUGAUUCUCGAGGCAUCGGAGUAGCGCGAGAGAGAGGCAAGCAGCCUCGCUGCUGUUUUUUUCGCCCUCGCAUUUUAUUCCUCAAAAAUAGGCUAGCGUAAGGUCGCUAGUGAUUUUGCUUUGUAAAAAAACGUGGGGUACUGAUUUAUAUUGCACAUAACUCGAUAUAAUGAUACCAGACACUUUGUCAAUAAACUUUUACCUUUGUCUCUUGGUAAAAUAGAUCCAAAGCGGUGGUUUAAAUGUUGUUUUCUUAUCAUAGGCUAAUAAAUUUGCGGCAAUGGUCAAAGCUGUUGGCCCAAAGACUAUCAGCAAAAUUGCUCGUUCUGGUCCCGAGUCGCAGGUAAGACCCUUCUUGAUCUCUGCUCUCAGAGUUUUAAGAGAAUAGACGCGAACCCGCAAUCUCCUUCGGUACGGGAGCAGAGAGAGCAUACACUCGCCACUCGCCUCUCACCAAUGUGGCCCGGGUUCGAAUCCCGUGGUGGACGCCUUAUGUGAGUUGAGUUUGUUGUUGGUCCUCUCCUUUGCUUCGAGAGGUUUUUCUCCGGGUACUCCGGUUUUCCCCGCUCCUACACUUUUAAAUUCCAGUUCGGGCUGGAACGCACGGACACGUUGAAACGAGUUGUAAAGAACUCCUAAGUACUUAGUGGGCAAACAAAUUACAACAAAUUACAAAUACGUUGAGAGGUGUAUCUCGCUUUAAAUGGCUCUAAGUACAGUCAGCUUCAGAGUUUUGUUGAACAGAUAGUUAUGAUGGAGGUCUCCGAGGUAUACUGCUUACUUAAACUUCAUAUCUCAGGAUAAACUUGUAGCUGUUCAAAAAGCCUCUUGACCACGACUGUGGACUUCGUCACUUUGCGCGAGUUGAGAAUGUACGUUGACAGACUAACGGUGAAAUUUGUCUGACCCAGACUUCUUUUGAUUCGGGUCUCGAGCAAGUUCGUUCAUACGCGUGGUAACUUUUGCCUCGGUUCGGUCACUUGAGUGACCCGAUUUAUAUGGCUCUUUUCACUACCUUUCCCAAUUUAACGGGGUUAAAUCUAGGUUCGAUUACCCGCCGCUGUUCGGGAAAAUGAGCCCGCACUCAUCCCCCUUCGGGGAGGAUAAAAGAGCGGACCCGGGAGACGGCGGAAAUCGAGCCUAGGUUAAAUCCAGCUGAGAAUCUUGGUCUGACAACUGAUCUUCCCCGAUGAGCAGGAAGAAAUUAAGCUUCAACAGUAAUUUAUUUCUAUGUUACUCAUAUGACUGAUACCAUUCCUUCCCCGACAGGCUGGCCUUCUCAAGGGACUGGGAAUACAGAAUGUGUUGAUCACUGAUGGAACUACUCCACUAAAUUUGUACCAGUCUCCUGGCGGAUUCAUGCAGUCCGGAAUGACAAACUAG